AUGGCCUGGACAAAACACGCGGCCGUAUUCGCGGCCUUGGCUCUCGGUGCCAAUGCUCAGGCGCCGACCAAUACCCCUAUCCCGGCGAACGUUGGAUUCGUUCUGAGUGUGCAACCCCCUGCCGCCGUGUCGAACACCACUAGCCUGCCGACCUCCGCGAUCACCGGGAUCUCGUCCACACCGACGGCGUCUCUCAGCGUCACCCUCAGCUCCAGCAGCAGCAGCAUCCUCUCGCAGCCGACCACUGCAAUCCCGAGCAGCGGAUCUUCGUCGGUGCUCUCGUCUGGGUCUCCCAGCGGAGGCAGCACUCCCGGCGCUUCCUCGUCUUUCACGACCUUCGCCUCAGGUACAGGAGACGCCAACGUAGACGGCAAGUGGGCCGCGCUGUCGCCGGCCUUUGGAUCAGGCUACAGGCUCCGUUUUGAUACCACCAGACAACUGGCGCAACAGUUUAGACUCCGGCCCGACUGCGCGCUCACCACUGCUGACGGUACUUUCGUGGCCAUGGUUGGCGGCACCGCGAAUCUCCAUUUUCAGUACUUCUUUCAGUCCACCGCCAUCGCCUCUUCUCUGGUCAAUGUCAAUUUUGAAGCCGACGUGUGCCAGAGGAAUGCCGACAACACACUCACCUGCACAGCCAUGGGUCAAAGCAUUUUCCAAGUCACGCCAGGUGACCCUUCCCUCCAAUUGGGCGACGAGAAUUAUGGGGAGGUGGUCACGAUCAACAUGAUUACCGUACCAGGAACCAUCUUCCGUUGA